CGCUUGAAGCUUCAAUUGAUAAAAAUGGCUUAAAACACAAACGAAGGGAUUUAAAUAGUAUUAGAAAGAAAGCAUCUUUGUUGGCUAGACAAGCACCAACUCAUACUGCAGAGUCUUCUAAAAAAUCAUCAACCAAAAAAGCUGACUCGGUUGGCUCUACAAUUAAACCAUCUAAUUCGCAAUUGUCUAAAUCGUCUAAAACAUCUAACUCUAUUGCAAAAGUCGCCAAUUUCACACCUAGUGCAAAUGAUGUAAAAACCACCGCCAUCACAAUGACUAUUUCUAACGCAACUCCUGCCACAGCUACUUCUACUGCACCUGACGGGCUUGAUGCCAGCAAAGCCCAACCUUCUGACAAAUCAUCAAGCAACAAUGGUAGCACUGAUUCCGCUAUUGCUUCCCUUACUACCUCGGCGGCAGACCCAAGUAGUCAAACGUCAUCUAUGUUAGAAUUGGGAUUUUUAAGUGUCAUGAUUGCUUUCGGAAUCCUUACAUAG